ACAACUCAGCGAGAGAUGAUCCUACAGGUCACCCCUGAUGAAAGACUCGCUGCCCUGGGCGAUUCGGAGGACAGAUGACAACUCCAUCUGCACCCUAAAAAGAAGAAUGUCGGAUUAGAUAUACAGUAUCUCUUCAUCAGGUCAUCAAUAUAUUUCCUGACUCCUAGAUACUCAGUCACCCCAUCUGAGCUACCUGUCCCAUUAGUGCGAACACCCACGACCCCCCAAUUUAUUUCCUGUCCCCCGAGAACUUGAAGUAGCCUUAACACUCUGAAUGUUAGCAGAGUUAAGACUCGCAAGAACGUCUAAGAAUAGCAAAGCGAAAGGGGUGGGAUUUUCUUUUUCCUUAAACGGGGCGUGGAUUACUCUCGCAGGAGUGGAGAAGUGUGAGAAUUGAAAUCGUGGAUUCAGAUCGCGUGUGUGUGCGAGAGAGAAAGGGGAGAGAGAGAGAGACUGUGAGAGCGCUUAAUCACGCAACUGAAGACUGGGACGUAAAGGGGCCGAUGGUCAGUGAACUCGAGGUUUAAAAUAAUUGCAGGCCCUCCAAAAGACACGCUACCCCGUGCGGCAGAGCACAAGAGUGUGCCCGUUUGCCUGAACAUCGCCCGAACAUUUGAAAAAUAAUUCUGUUCAAGAACUUUGCUACUAGAGGCGGCUGAUCUUUUCUGUAUCAUGAAUAAACGCAUAACACGCGUGACAUAUUUGCGGAAAUUGUCUUGGUAACAGAUGGACACACUUCCCACAGUUGGCAGACGGGACCUGCUUCUCCAACCUGCAACGGGCGAGUUUCCCUGUUGGUUUUUUUCUUUUAAAGUGUCAGCAUUUUGGAGUUUUCUGGUUGUGCAAGGGAGGGUCAUAAGGCAUGCUACCUACGUUUUGCCUGCUGCAUUUUGAUCAGGAUAGCGACUCAUGGGAUGUAGCAUUUGGAGAACUAGGUUUAACCUUGGACUUCUGAAGGCGCAGUCCAGAGUAUCGGUGUUUUUUACCAUGAUCAUAAUUUUUACUUAUUUUUUUUACUGUCUGACCGGCUACUGCGACUCCCUGCCGAGGCCACUGUACGACCAGCAGAUUUUCACCGGCACCAGCAUCAAGCACGACGGACAGGACGCGUCCCCACAGCACGGUCGCCAGCCGAGCGCAUCGGCGGACAGGAACAGGACCGCUCCCGGCUCCGGGACGCGAGAGCUCCCGGAUUCGAUCAGACUGCACUCCAUCCUGCAACAGAUCGGACAUGUGCAGAGGCAGAUCUCGGACGGGGACAGGGAAGACGCUGACAGCACCCUAUCCGUGUUCAAUAGCUUUGGGAGUAAAAAGUUCCCGCAGGCGAUCAUCAUCGGCGUGAAGAAGGGGGGCACCCGGGCGCUGUUGGAGUUUCUCCGGAUUCACCCCGAUGUCAGAGCCGUGGGGGCCGAGCCGCAUUUUUUCGAUAGAUUUUACGAUAAAGGACUGGAGUGGUACAGGAACCUGAUGCCACGGACACUGGAGGGGCAGAUCACCAUGGAGAAGACGCCCAGCUACUUUGUGACCAAAGAGGCCCCACGUCGCGUCUACGCCAUGAACCGCGACACCAAGCUGAUCGUGGUGGUGCGGGACCCGGUCACCCGGGCCGUGUCGGACUACACCCAGACGCUGUCCAAGAACCCGGGCCUGCCCUCCUUCCACAGCCUGGCAUUCAAGAACGCCAGCACGGGGCUGGUCGACACGGCCUGGAGCGCGGUGCGCAUCGGCAUCUACGCCAAGCACCUGGAGAACUGGCUCCGCUACUUCCCGCUGUCCCGCUUCCUGUUCGUCAGCGGGGAGCGGCUGGUCAGCGACCCCGCCGGGGAGAUGGGGCGCGUGCAGGACUUCUUGGGGCUCAAGCGGGUCGUCACGGACAAACACUUCUACUUCAACCAGACCAAGGGCUUCCCCUGCCUGAAGAAGCCGGAGGGCAGCAGCCGGCCCCGCUGCCUGGGGAAGUCCAAGGGGCGCCCCCACCCCCACAUCUCCCCCGAGGUGCUGCGCCGCCUGCGCGACUUCUACAGGCCCUUCAACCUCAAGUUCUACCAAAUGACCAGCCAGGACUUCGGCUGGGACUGACUCGGACUCCGCUGGACCUCGAGCAGGCGGCUUCGUCGCGGUGCAGGCCGGCGCCGAGCUCGUGAAGAGGCUACGCCGCCCAGAAAGACCCAGAGUGCAGGAUGGGCGAAGAGGACAUCACGUUUCUGUGCGAAUAUUGUCCCUCUCAAUGUCUAAUUUUUGUUGAGCAGCAGACCUGCCUUCUGCAAUCGGGACAGCUGGCAGAAAAGACUUUCUGUUGAAUCUCUUCUUAUUCGGCUGGGGAGCUGCGUCGCCGUGUGUUGGCUGCCAAGGCACAAGUAGCAGAUAGUUCCUCACUGAGAAACGAGGAGACAUGCAAAGUUUUCGGCUGUUGAGCCUUCUGUGUGUGAAGAAGAAGGCCGAAGAAGGUUCGGGAGGUUGCGUUUCUCCUUUCUGUUUUUUCAGCGUAGAGUUAACCUUCACUUGUGCCUCUGUGUUUUAUUCAGAGAGAUCUUCAGCACACAGUU